AUGAGUCUCAGCGAUCAAAGUUUUGUGCAGAAUUUUCGGCUUAGUAAGGAAGCCUUUAUGUAUGUGCUAAAUAGCAUAAAGGGCGAGAUGAAAUCUCCAACGAGAGCAACGGCUAUCCCUGACAUCAUAAAAGUUGCAACAACCCUAAAGUUUCUUGCUCAGGGUGCGUAUCAGCAUUUAAUUGGCCAAGACCAUCGCGCGGGGCUAGCACAGCAAACCGUUUCCAGUUGCCUUUGGGAAGUUUGCAGUGCAAUUGAAAAGGUAUUGUGUCCAAAAUAUAUCGUUUUUUCGAUGAGCAGUAAAGAGAAACAGGAUGCCAACCGUAGCUUUUACGAAACAUGCGGAAUUCCGGGUGUGGUAGGAGCAGUGGAUGGAACGCACAUCCAAAUGAUAAGGCCAUCAAAUGACGAGCAUUUAUUUUUUAACCGAAAGCUUAAGCACAGCAUAAAUGCAAUGGUGAUAUGUGAUCACAAAAUGCAAAUUAGAGCCGUGAAUGGUAGAUUUGGAGGUGCAUCGCAUGAUUCGCACAUAUGGAACUUGUUCGGCGAGCGCGAAUAUUUAAAAACUGCCUAUGAAAACGGUGACUCUGGCCAACGAAUUCUUGGCGACUCAGGAUAUUCGUUGGAACCAUGGUUCCUUACUCCAUACAGAAAUUCUACGGAGGGUUCAGACGAACAUUUUUUUAAUCAAAAACAUUCAAAGGGAAGGUCGUUAAUUGAGAGAGUUUUUGGCGUUUUGAAAGGCCGAUUUCGUUGCCUUCUAGCUUCAAGGGAGUUGCACUAUGCUCCAGAAAAGGUUGUGCAAAUACUAAAUGUUUGUUGUGCUCUGCAUAAUAUAUGUAUAAUGUUCAAAGUUCAUCCUCCCAGUUUAGAAAUCAAACCGGAAUAA